UGACGCAACGUGCCCCGUUUUUGGUCGAAAGAGCAAAGCGGGAAAUAGGAGGAGCAAAACCCUGAAAAUAGAAAGAGCAAAACCCUGGGAGCUCGCUCUCACCUCUUCCUUCUCCCCCUCUAGGGUUUCGGCAUUUCGCGAGCGUCCGAAGCUUUGUCGCCCAUGGCGAGCGCCGCGGCGGCCACCACCCAAGCGGCGGCGACGGCGACGGCGACGGCGGCGACGGCGACGACGAACCCUAAACUCGUGGAUGAAUCCCUCUGGUGGGAUCCCUUCGUCCUCCUCUACGACGACCUCGACCGAGCCCCUCUCUCCGACGAGCUUCCUCACGUUCUGGUUAACAAGAUCAAGAACAACCGCUCCUGGUUCUUGGAAUCCCUCACGCGCUUUAAACCCCCGAACGAGGUAUCGAGGAGAGCUCUUGAUUCCCCCGAGUUGAUUCUAGGGUCGCAGCGCUUGGUCAUAAAGGCCGAGCUCAAAGAAACCGCCCUCCGCGCUAGCAAAUGCCUGAAUUUAGAUGAGGUGCAAACAUACAUUAUUGUUGAAAGAUCCUUGGAGUUCAUUAUACCUGUUGACGAUAUCGAUGGUCAGGCGCUUUUGCAUUCGGUGUUGUCACAAUAUUACCUUGAGCGGCAAUGCUUGCUGAAGUGUGUCAGGAAAAUCCUCGUGCAUGCCUGUCCGAGUUCGAGUGCCCCGGGCGAGCGUGAGGAGAUUACUAGUGUUCUUCGCAAGCUGAACACAAUGUUUGAAAAGGAGCGCCUCAGGCGUACGCCUCAGCACCUAGUGUAUGCAAACGAUGAAUCUCAUACAACUGAAUCUCUUAGGAGGGAGGUCUUGCAACUAGUUAAUGACGGGCUGGAAAGGAAGCUGCUAUCCAUCUUACAGGACCUACUUUCACCUGUAACUUAUGCAAAAACUGUAUGA